CUCACUUCUCUUCUCUUCGCUGCUUCUCUGUUUUGUAGGAGUCUAUAAAGUGUGUGUUUGGAGGGUGAGAAAGUGAGGGAAAGUAGAGAAAAAAAAAAAAAAAAAACAGCAAUGGCGGUUACUCAACGUGGUGUUUGUCUUUGCUUGGCUGUUGUUCUAAUGUUCUUCGUCGGAGUUCUGGCGACUGUACGGAACGAUGAUCUCUCUGUUUCAAGGAAGGUGAAGACAGAGCAGUUGCAGAGCUUAACCAACUCAACAAUGGCCGCCAGGAGUGAAGACGAUGAUGUGCAUGCGCAUGCCGUGAAUAACCCAGAGGAAAUUGCUGCGGAGGUUGAAAUGAGCAUCCGCAACAGCACUGAGAGGAGGCAAUUGGGUUACUUCUCGUGUGGGACUGGUAAUCCUAUUGAUGACUGCUGGAGGUGUGACCCUAACUGGCAGAAGAAUCGCAAACGCCUUGCGGACUGCGGCAUUGGUUUUGGAAGGAAUGCCAUCGGUGGUCGUGAUGGCCGCUUUUAUGUUGUCACUGACCACACUGAUGACGAUCCUGUUAACCCCCGACCUGGCACUUUGAGGCAUGCUGUAAUCCAGGACAGACCUCUCUGGAUUGUGUUCAAGAGGGACAUGGUGAUCACAUUGAAACAGGAAUUGAUCAUGAAUAGCUUUAAGACCAUUGAUGGUCGUGGAGUGAAUGUACACAUUGCUAAUGGAGGGUGCAUCACCAUCCAAUAUGUUACCAAUGUCAUCAUUCAUGGUCUCCAUAUUCAUGAUUGCAAACCCACAGGUAAUGCAUUGGUUAGGAGCUCCCCUAGUCACUAUGGUUGGAGGACAAUGGCUGAUGGUGAUGCCAUAUCCAUUUUUGGGUCAAGCCAUAUAUGGGUUGAUCACAAUUCACUCUCCAACUGUGCUGAUGGACUUGUUGAUGCUGUCAUGGGUUCUACUGCAAUUACCAUUUCAAAUAAUCACUUAACCCACCACAAUGAGGUAAUGUUGCUGGGCCACAGUGAUUCUUAUACCAGAGACAAAAAUAUGCAAGUUACAAUUGCUUACAACCAUUUUGGGAAGGGACUGAUUCAGAGAAUGCCAAGAUGUAGACAUGGGUACUUCCAUGUAGUGAACAAUGACUAUACUCACUGGGAAAUGUAUGCCAUUGGUGGUAGUGCUAACCCCACCAUUAACAGCCAGGGCAACAGAUAUGCUGCUCCAACUAAUCCGUUUGCCAAGGAGGUAACAAAGAGGGUGGACACCGAAUCGAGCCAGUGGAAGAGCUGGAAUUGGAGAUCAGAGGGAGACCUCUUGUUGAAUGGUGCCUACUUCACCCCAUCUGGGGCAGGAGCCUCCGCUAGCUAUGCUCGCGCCUCAAGCUUGGGAGCCAAGUCUUCCGCAAUGGUUGGGUCCAUGACUUCUGGUUCUGGUGCACUUUCCUGCCGCAGAGGCCGACAGUGCUCCUAGCUGUACUCAAUCAAUUAAAUUGGCCAAAGCAAAAGGCCAACCAAUAUCUGUUUGAUUUUUUUUCCUUUUUAUAAUUUUACUACUAUAUAGUAUCAUCAAUCAUCCCAUAUCCAUUCUGUCAAUUGUUUCUCAAUCAAUUAUCUUCUAUUACAUAUAUUGGCAAGUGUACAUUUUUUGCACAUGUCAUUUAUAUUAUUCCCACCUUUUUCCUUCAAACCACGUUUGCUCAACCUCCGCCUGUUUCAACUGAAAAACAAACAGUACUAUUCCAGGUGCGGAAGUGUUGCUGAUAUUAUUCCUUCUCCCUUUUUUGCCAUUUCCUCCUCCUAACUACAUGUGCCCCUCUAUUUGUGUCCAAUCUCAAUCUUGGUCUCUACAUACUCUUCUUUUUUUCUUGGUCUUUUGGGUUUAUAGGUUCUGAAUGAUUUUGUGAUUUGUUGUGUCUAGUCAUACAAGCAAUAGUAUUGAAUGUCAAACUUGAGUCUUUGAAGAAAAACUUUGUUCCAAAAUGAUGCAUAGACAAUAUCAGUGAUGUUCCUUUACUCUUUUGAGCUUUUGUUUUUUGUUUUUACUUUUUGGUUUGUGGAAUUGUGAUUAUUUCUAUAAUAUGUUUCUUUAUGGUAGCA